GUUGGCGUCACAAUGCAUUCGCCGCUUGUGGGAGCAGCUGCAUCCGCAUCAGCUUUUAAAUUACAACAAUUGGCAGCGGCUGAUGUGGGAUUAGUACCAGCGCAUACGCAAUCUGAUAGCCUUGGUUUGCAGCCCUUCAUAAUAGGUUACUUCAAUGGUCCCGAUUUGAUGACGAAAAUGAAAAAGAGUUCCACAAAACAACAUAAACGUCGAGAGCGUCAUGUUGACGCCUUUGGACAUAAACCGCCGCCAGCAUUGUCGCGUUUUACACAUCCGGAGGCAAUCUACGAGCAACCAAAAGCUUGUGAGCGCCGCAAUUUUACAUUGGAUUUUAAAUAUUUGGGCAUGGAGAAAUCCGUUAUUGCUCCAAAGACUUUCGAAGCUUACUUUUGCUUGGGUGAAUGCAACUUCCCCUUGGGUACGCCCAUGAAUAAUGCUACUAAUCAUGCAAUUGUACAGACAUUGAUGCAUCUGAAGCGACCAAAUCUACCCAAACCAUGUUGUGUGCCGAUUAAGCUGGCCUCUAUAUCAAUACUCUACUCCGUUAAUGAGGAUAGCGUAAAUUUGAUGCGUUUUUCGCAAAUUGUCGCCAAGGAAUGUGGAUGCCGUUGAAGAUGGGAAAUAUAAAAUUAUAUUAAUUUAAAAUAAUGUGGAUGAAGNCCUUGCUUAAAAAUAUGUUCUAAAGAUGAAGUUUAAGUAUGUGCGUGUGUGCAAACAUAUAAAAAUGAAUUAACAACAAUUUGCUUGGUCUGAUUGUCCUUGGGGUAAGAAUACUCAAAGUAUAAAUUGAAACAAGGUCCUAAACUUCGUAGAACUGCUAAUAUAUACAUAAUUUGGAAAACUCAGGCAAAACAAUUAAAUAAUUUAAUUUCGUGACUUCUUCCGAUAUAAGAUUGUUUUCAUUUAAGUUCUGCAGUCUAGAAAUCAUGAGAAGAUUAUCAACAUAUCCAGAAAAUUUCACUAGUUCUUCAAAUCUAAAAGUAUCAA